GGGACACAUGACAGACGCAGAUGACCUAGAUUUUUAGUGGAUCAUGCGCUACUUCUUGUCCGUUCGUGAAGUGUUACCUAUUUUUCCGCCGUCGCAGGCUGAUUAAGUAGUGGAGGUAAGUACUUACUAGUGAGUUAAGGUUUAUUUUGAAACCACGGAGCUAUUUCACUACCUCAAUGCCGAGCACCAUUUCGAAGAUCUAGUGAUAUCAAGUACAACAACCGUGGCUUUCUUGUUGUUCAGGACCUUCUACUUUUGUCGCACUUCGAUGUCGAUCAUACGUAGAAGUGGUUCUUCAUCCGCACAUGUGGACUUGCACUGGUCGAUGUCGCUUUAAAAAAGGAAAAGUGUCAAGAACGAAAAAUCGCGCCGUCCAGAGGUCAGCAUCCAAGUGCCAGGUGAAGAGAACCGCUAGCAAUAAAGUGCCGAUAGCCAAUAGAAUUGCUAAUCUGCGGUCCAGCUAGUGCUCCUCCACUUCCUCGCUUCCUCUUCCUCGUCCUGCCGGUCUUCAACUGCACGACGAUUUGAAAGUUGUACGUACAUCAAGCCGGUGAAGAGGACGACGCAAAGGGACGAAACUAUCGGGGACAACAGCACGUCGCAAUCAUGUCUCGCGAAGACCACGACGAUUUGCCGGAGGACAGUAAUCCGGAUGAAGAUGAGUUGAACAGUAUCGUAUUUAAAAACGUCCCCACCUCGUAGUCAAUGAUUGGGCAUUAAUCUGCAAGACAAAUCAACAAGCUUUGGCUGUUGCGCAUGACACGUUUGGGCCCGCAAUGUAAAAAAUCGCGCUUACCUAGGUAGUGCAGCAGCUGCGUCACAGAUCUAGCCUCUCACGCUGAUCCGAGCAUCACAAGUCUCAAAACAGCGGUAAAAAAUGCCUGUCAUGGGGCCCCGCAUGACAAAAAUUUUACGCAUGCAGACUUGAUGCAUAAAACAACUCUGGGGCCGCGGUGGGGAAGCUUUCACUCAGGAUAAAAGGCAACGGCGACGAGGCCUUAGACGAGGAGGAUGCGCCGGAAGUAUCAAAAUGAAAAAUCCCCCCUCCCCAUAUCAAAAUGGAAAUUUGUGAUGCUGAUUUGUGGCCACAAAUCGUCUUUGUCUUGCUUCUAGGGUAAUAGGAGCCAUUUGGCUCAUUUCAAAGCCAGUCUGUCAUGCGCUUUUGACUCCUGCAAACUUGUUUGCCGUGCGUCAUUGCUAGCCUUCUGCAUACCCAAACAGGCUCAGCACAUGCCACCAAGCACUCUCUGCAAGAGAAACCUGAUUUGUGUACGCAAAUCCAGCAUCAGAAGCUUCGUUUUGAUAUGGGGAGGGGGCGUUUUUCCUCACAAUAGGGAGGGGAGGAACACAACGCCGCCACCGCAGCCGGCGGGAGCGAGGUGCAGGUACGGCCAAGAAAGAAAAACCUGUCGGCGGC